AACAUGGUACAACAACAAAGGGGAGGGUUAGGGUCGUCGUUCGUCGUCGUCCCUUAUCAGUGGAGAUACUUGUCAGAAUUAUGUGUCAAACUUUUAUUUAUUCGUUGUAAAUGUAAUUAGUAGGCUGUAAUAUGGAUCGCCAAGACUCGAGUCAGAAUGAUUCAUCUUCGAGUGACAGUGACAGUGAGUCUGUAUCAAGCACCAGCAAAUCUGAUAUCCGCAUGUCACUUGAUAGCGAAUCAGAUGCAGGUUUCAGACAAAAACGCAACAGGAGUCAGUCUGACAGCAUGUCAGAAGAUGGCUCGCCUCCUAAAAGGUUGCGACAUUCAAUGUCGAGCAUGGAAUCAGCCACCGGAGAUGAUACUACCGAUGAUCCAGACCAUACUGAUCAUGAACAUCAACAGCUAUCUGAUGUUGAUGAUGUUCCAUCUAGCAGUUGCCUUGUUCGGCCAAGGCAAGAAAUGGGUUAUACUGAUACUAAAGCUGCCAAAAUGAUGGCUAAAAUGGGAUACAAAGCAGGACUUGGGUUAGGCAAAGAGGCGCAAGGCCGUGUGGAGCCUGUGGAAGUUUCAAAGCAAAGAGGUAGAAGAGGUUUAGGUCUUAGCAUGAAAGGCCUAGAGCCAGCAAAGCUGGAGUGGAUAGCUGACCAAGAGGUCAUUGUUGUUGAAGAGACCCCUGAGUGGUUAGAAAAUACACAUGUAACUUCAUUGGAUAUAUCAGAAGAUUUUAUGGUUGAAGGGAGACGUAAAUUAACCCUUGAUGAUGAACAUGAGUUCUGUCCUGCUAAAGUACUUCAGGAAGUGCUCAAGCACAAGACUACCUUUGAUGCCCUUGAUGGUCAAGAAUUAAGAAGGGCUGUCCAAAGAUCAAACCCAUUUGAAACUAUACAUGGGGGCAUAUUUCUGAACAGAGCUGCCAUGAAAAUGGCCAAUAUGGACAGGGUUUUUGGGUUCAUGUUUUCUGAGCCAAAAGAUCAAAGUGGUAAUAAUAUGGUUAGGAAAAAUGAAUUAUUAUACUUUGCUGAUGUUUGUGCUGGGCCAGGGGGCUUCUCUGAAUAUGUACUUUGGAGGCACAAGUGGAAGGCUAAAGGAUUUGGUUUCACUUUAAGAAGUGAUAACGACUUCAAGCUUGCAGAUUUCUAUGCUGGUCCCUGUGAAUCAUUUGAACCACACUAUGGUGUUAAAAAUGGAGAUGAUAUGGGAACUGGAGAUGUUUAUGAUACGAAGAAUCAGGAUGAGUUUAGCAAGUUUGUCUUACAAAAUACUGAUGGUCUUGGUGUUCAUUUCAUGAUGGCAGAUGGUGGAUUUUCUGUUGAGGGUCAAGAGAACAUUCAGGAGAUUUUGUCAAAACAGCUGUACCUUUGUCAAUUCCUGAUUGCUCUUCUUAUAGUGAGAACAGGCGGUCACUUUGUUUGCAAAGUAUUUGAUUUAUUUACUCCAUGUAGUGUUGGUCUUGUGUACCUGAUGUUUCGAUCAUUUGAACAACUUUCCAUUCAUAAACCUAAUACUAGCCGUCCAGCAAAUUCAGAAAGGUACAUUAUUUGUAAAUGGAAACGUCCUGACUGUCAGCACAUAACAAAAUAUAUGUAUAAUAUUAACAUACGAUUGAAUGAAUUGAGCAAACAUGGAUAUGGAGCUGGAAAGGAUGUAAUCAGCAUUGUACCUAUGCAUAUAAUGAAGGAAGAUAAGGCAUUUUUUGAUUUUAUUGUUAGUUCAAAUAAAACCCUUGGCAAGAAUCAAAUAGUAUCCCUGCAGAAAGUCAUAACCUACUGCAGAGAUACAUCUCUGGAAGAAUUCAAACAAGGUGAUCUCCGUAAAAAAUGUUUAGACUAUUGGAAUGUUCCUGCUGAGGCAAGGAAGGCACCCCCAAGAUUAAAUGCAGAUGAAGCAUUUUCAGCAAUAUUGAGUGCUCCAAUUUUGAAUGAGGGUGGGAAAGUUAUCCCUAUAGACACUAUAUACACUCGUGAAAGAGAAUUGACACUAAUAAAUAUGCCGGAGACAUUUGAUUCAAUUUACAACUGGCACUGUGCAGUUCUUGGUAAUCCUCAGAAAAGUGAAAAUAAUUUAACUUUCUUUCUGGGAUGUGGAAGACACAAAGUCUUCUAUUUACAAAAUAGAAGAUGGAGCAAACUACCCGGAACUAUCAAGCUGGAACUUAGUGCCAACACCUUGUUACUUGGUGAAAUAGUAAAAGAAAUUAAAGGCGAACGCCAAAGACAAGUUUGGAUUUACACACUUCAUAUUGUUGAUGCAGUAUGUUUAGGUGGCAUUGAUAUCCGGCACCUCCACAUAACAGAAAGGGUGAAGCUUUGUGAAAUGUUUGCUAAGGCCAUGAGCAAGCCAAGCCGAUCAGAUCUUGCACGUAUACAUGUGAAAGAAUUAUUCCAGCUAGAGAAUAUUUUUGAAAUUAAUGAUAGACUUCAAAGCAAAAUAAUGAAAAACAACAAACGGCAGGAUGUCUUUGAACUGAAUAGAGAUGAUGCCUGCUUUGUUCCUGAAGGACUGAUCUUUUUUAACGCUACUCAAGCUCCGUGGGCUCGACACAUCAGUAAGAAAACAAAUCAUAAAUACUAUUAUCACAAGGAUUCUAAACAAUCAUUGUAUGAAUUGCCAAAAGAUGCCUCUAAAAGCUUUGGGAGUAGUUAUGCAGAGAGGGCUGUGAACUGGUGGAACAACAACAACUUAGCAUCAAUAACCAUUAAUGAUAUCAUGGACUAUGUCAGCCAACACUGUGACUCUGCAGCUUCUCAUCAGUACAAGCAUCAGCAGCAUUGAAUCAGAGACGUUCAUUUAAAAGUUUAGGUGUGUAUUUUUUGGUGCAAUCAAAACAGUCAAUAUAAUGAACAGAAAGAAUUUACUUAACAUAUUUUAUGUUAUUAUUACAAAAUAUGGAUUUGUUGUAGAAAUGAGGAAGACUGAAAGAUGGAUUGCAUUUUUAUCUAAAAGUUGUUCACUGUAGUUUUAAUAUUACAGUGUGAAAGUAUUAGUAAUAAUUUUUCAUGUAUCGAAUUAUUCCUACUUUCAUCGCAAUUAUGUACAGAUUUGUAAUUAUUGUGUACAGAUUCUUACCCUCCAAGUCCCAUGACGUCCUCUUUAGAUGUCUGGAUUAAGAUUGGACAUCUACUGUAUUUUUAUUUUUGACUUCCUUUUAUGAGAACAUUGGUAGUUACUGUUGGCUGUAAUUUAGUGUGUGUACUUAAUAUAUUGUUCAAUCAUAGCCAUCCUCUCUUUUCACUGUUGUCAUUAGGGUCAAAGUAAAUGAACAGUAAUAAAUAGUAUACAACGUCACAAA